UCCAUCCACACAUUAUAUUUUGAGUUCAUAGUUGGUGAAACCCUAGCCCCAUUGUCGAAGACAUGAUGAUGAUCAAGCGUAUGUUCCUGAAACCCUCUCAUACUCAACAAACCUCCUCGUUACUGAAACCACCACCUCUGAUUCGCAGCAUCGCCGCCGCUAUGUCCUAUUCCUCUGGUGCGAAACCCCUCCACCAUCCGAAAGCUGAUACAUCAUCUUCUUCGGCUCCUGUGUCUCACAUCGUCUUUACCAAGGCGUCCGCGGACAACAGUUACCCCAUUCGAACCCUCUCGGCGGUCCUUGGCAGUGAGGAGGCUGCCAAGGAGGCUGUGGUGUACGAUUUUGAAGAUGGAAUAAAUUAUCACUUCUCUGCUGUAAUUACUCCUGAGAAUGCUGUUCAACUUUUAAAGCAACCAGGUGUUCGUCGUGUUAUUCGAUCCAGGGGCUGUAAGAUAAUAAAGUAGGACGAAAGUAGGACGUCCGUGAUCCUAAUUUGCUCCAGUUUAUGUGCUGUGUUGUGUUAUUUUGUUUCAUCAAUAGAUUGUAGUUUAUCUAAUUAAUUACUAACUCAUGUAGUGAGUUGUUUGAUGCUUGGGAAGAUAUUAUAUAUAGUAUUAUUUAUAUAAAUAAUUUAUAAAUAUUAGUUAUUAAA